UCGGGGUUUUAACUUUUAAGGCAAAAGAAACCCGACCCUGUCCGGAGGUUCGAGACGGCGAGACUGUUCGCGGGAGACGAAGGGCCGCUCUGAAAUUUCCAGUUCCCCGAAAUGAGAUAGAGCAAUAAGCAAUGUCAAGCAUUCCCCAAAUGGCAGGAGGACCGGAAAGAGAAGAUAAGGUCUCUUUGGAGCUGACGGAGGAGAUUCUCCAAAGCAUGGAAGUUGGGCUGGCUUUCAGAGACUACAAUGGUAGAAUCAGUUCGUUGGAUUUUCACAAGGCUUCGAGUUAUGUAGUGACUGCUAGUGAUGAUGAAUCGAUUCGCUUGUAUGAUGUGUCCACUGCAACGUGCUUGAAGACCAUUAACAGCAAAAAAUAUGGGGUUGAUUUGGUCCGCUUUACUUCUCAUCCUACCACGGUUAUAUACUCGUCGAAAAAUGGCUGGGAUGAAUCGCUGAGGCUUCUCUCAUUGAAUGACAACAAGUACUUGCGCUAUUUCAAAGGACAUCAUGACAGGGUUGUCUCACUUAGCUUGUGCUCCCGCAAAGAGUGCUUCAUUUCUGGUUCUCUUGAUCGGACAGUUCUGCUUUGGGAUCAACGAGCCGAGAAGUGCCAGGGUCUUUUACGUGUACAAGGAAGGCCUGCCACUGCUUAUGAUGACCAAGGGCUUGUUUUUACAAUUGCCUUUGGUGGAUACAUACGAAUGUUUGAUGCCCGCAUGUAUGAAAAGGGUCCCUUUGAUAUCUUUUCUGUUGGGGGAGAUAUGUCUGAUGCAAAUGUUGUAAAGUUCAGUAAUGAUGGUAGACUUAUGCUGUUAACAACGACAGAUGGACAUAUUCAUGUACUUGAUUCAUUCCGUGGCACGCUUUUAUCCACGUACAAUGUAAAGCCCGUUUCAAGCAAUGCUACAUUAGAGGCUUCUUUUAGCCCAGAUGGGAUGUUUGUUAUGUCAGGUUCAGGUGAUGGUAGUGUCUAUGCUUGGAGUGUUCGGAGCGGGAAAGAAGUCACAAGUUGGCUUAGUACUGAAAGUGAACCUCCUGUUAUUAAAUGGGCUCCAGGAAGCCUCAUGUUUGCAACUGGGUCUUCUGAACUAUCAUUUUGGAUUCCGGAUUUGUCUAAACUGGCAGCUUAUGUUGGUGGAAGGAAGUAGAAGUUUUUGCCAGCUCUCCUUUGAUUUCUGGCAAAAAGCAGUUCAAAGAUGCCAUUCUAACUGUCCAUAAUCUUGAAGCAACCGAGAGUCUUCCCAUCUGGAUUGUUGUCAUGUACCUUACCUCUAGGACCCAAUCGAACAGAGAAAAGACAAUCUUGUACUCUCUAUGACUCUUUAGAAUUAAAAAAAUAUAUUUAAAGGGUUUAUAGAUGCUCUGCCAGUAUAGUCAAGAUUGUAUUUUCCACCCUUUGUAAAGUCGGUGUCAGGCAUCAACAUGUAAAGUUUUACAGAAUUAUAACCUUCCAAUUUUUCUGAUUGUAUGAAUAUUCCAUGAUUAUAAA